ACAAAACCAAAACAAAAAACAAAGGGUCACUAUUUACAAUAUCCUAUUUUCUUGCCUCGUUUCUUCCUCUUCAACUGUUGCCGCAGCUGCACCCCCCCGCCCACAGGCUAUUUCUUUCUUUUUUGUUCCUUCUCUCGAUCUUCUUUCUCUGUUGCCGUCGCCGAUUUCCGAUUGCCGAUCGACGCUCCAACGCUACUUUUCUCUCUCCUCUUCUUAUCUCACUCUCGUCUGCGAUCUAAUGCCGGCAGGCUAACCCCGGAUUCACACCACAGACCAUAAAAUCAGUUAAGCAAACUGCAAAAGUAAUGGGAGAAACUACCGGCUCAUUGUUGCAAAUGGAGUAAUUUGAUUCCUCCCCAAGGAUUUUGGCUGUAUGAAUUAGCGAUGUCGGUAAAUAACAACAGUGUUAAUAGCAACAGUGCGGUGAGGAAUGUUGGGGCAACUAUUUCGGUGAAUAAUAGCUCUAGUAGUAACAAUUUAGGGAGGAAUGUUGUGGCCCCGCAUUUUGGGAAUUCAGGCAUGGUUCCGCAAACAAGGCCACUGAACCAUCAUGGCCAUCUACUCUCUCAGCCACAGCCUCAAAUACAUAGCGGAUCACAUUUUUCAGGUCAUUUUCAGCUGUCUGAGCCGCAGACACGUACAAUGUCUCAUGUACAGUACACGCAGGCUCAUGCUCAGGCACAAGCUCAAUCUGCUCAUGCACAUUUUCAAGCUCAUACUCAACCUGUUCAGCUGCAUAGUGCCAAUGCUGGGUCAACACCCUCUAUUUCAACUCCUGGAACGGGGAAUUCUAAGAGGCCCACUCAGAAGCCACCUUCUAGGUCUGCAGGGAAUUCUUACACUAUUGCUACUUCACCAUUUAAAACCAUGGAGCUGACUCCAGCCCCUAGAAGAAAGAAGGUUAAGCUUCCUGAGAAACAAAUACCUGAUAAAGUUGCGGCUCUUCUGCCAGAAUCUGCUAUCUAUACCAAAUUACUCGAAGUUGAAGGUCGUAUAGAUGCUGCUCUAGCAAGAAAGAAAAAUGAUAUUCAAGAGUCUUUAAAGAACCCUCCACGCGUUCAAAAAACCCUACGGAUAUAUGUCUUCAAUACAUUUGAAAAUCAGAAUCAAAGUGGUUCUGAUCAGAAAAACGUAGAAUCCCCUUCAUGGUCGCUUAAGAUAACUGGGAGGAUCUUGGAAGAUGGACAAGAUCCUGUUAUCACUGGAGCCAUGCAAAAUUAUGAUUCUACAUACCCAAAAUUUUCAUCUUUCUUCAAGAAAAUUACUGUAUACUUAGAUCAAAGCCUUUAUCCAGAUAACCAUACAAUUUUAUGGGAGGCUGCCCGUUCUCCUGCUUUGCAAGAGGGCUUUGAAGUGAAGAGAAAAGGGGAUAAAGAAUUUACUGCAGUGAUAAGAUUGGACAUGAAUCACACCCCCGAAAAGUUUCGUCUUUCGCCUUCUCUGUCAGAUGUGCUUGGAAUUGAAACAGACACCCGCUCAAGAAUUAUGGCUGCACUAUGGCAUUACGUGAAAGCUAACAAGUUGCAGAAUUCAAGCGAUCCUUCUUUCAUUACAUGUGAUCCAGGUCUUAGAAAAGUGUUCGGUGAAGAGAAGGUGAAAUUUUCUAUGGUCUCUCAGAAGAUAUCACAACAUUUAAUUCCUCCCCAGCCUAUAAACUUACAACAUAGAGUUAAGAUUUCGGGAAAUUCACCUGUUGGAACUACAUGUUAUGAUGUCAUGGUCGACGUGCCUUUUCCAAUAGAGAAACAAAUGUCUGCGUUCUUAGCAAACCUUGAGAAGCCUAAAGAUAUAGAUUCCUGUGAUGAAUUGAUUUCUGCUGCAGUAAAGAAGAUACAUGAGCACUCUCGAAGGCGAUCUUUCUUUCUUGGCUUCAGUCAGUCUCCAGCAGAUUUUAUCAAUAACUUGAUAUCUUCUCAAACUAAGGAUUUAAAGAUCGUAGCUGGAGAUGCUAGCCAUCAUGCAGAGAAAGAACGUCACUCUAAUUUCUACAGUCAAUCAUGGGUGGAGGAUGCUGUCAUUCGGUAUCUAAACCGUAAACCUGCAACAAGUGAAGUUCCUAGAAGCGCAUAAGGAUCCCAUGCAACAUCUAUAUUGAAAUCGGUGACAUUUGUCUGAUAUUCAUCACAUUUAUCACUCUUUCCUAAUAGAGGACUAAGUAUCUGGAAAGUUAUAGGAAUUCUGUAUUUUAACCCUUGCCUUGUUUGACUGGGUAAUUAUCUAACCGGGGAUAGUCUUCUUAAUUGGACUAACCUAAGAUAUUUCGAUUCUGUACCAUUUUUAAGCUAGAUUUUAGAAUCAUAGUUGAUUUGCUUGUCUGUUGUCGAAAGUUCCUUUUCAUACAAAUUACAUUCCAUCUACCAUUUUUGUUUCUUAGUAGCCUCUCGUAGAGCUAUCAAAUCUGAUUUGCGAUGUAGUUUUAGAGCCUGUAGGUGGUGAAGCGUUUUCAUUCUCUGGAGUUCGCUAAUGGCUAAUAACCAAGAUAGACGGCAUAGACGACUCGACUCGUACUUGAAACCAACACAACCCUUACCCGGGGCUAUAAAAGAGAAGGUACACACUCCUCUUGGCUUGUUCUCAUAAAACUGACCCAAACUUUGUGAAACAGCAUACUGCCAUUAAACUCAUUGCUUUGGUGCUUUGCUACGCACAUAAAACAUGCUCCCAAUUGUCCUUGAUACAAAUUCUUAUCGUGUAUAUAACAUUUAUGAAUAUUCCGGAUUGGUUUCAAUAGAAAUAACUUGAGCUGUUUUGAGGUUUUCA